AUGGACGAUGGCAACUUCCUGGGCUCGGAGCGCGCCAGAAUCGAGAACCAGGUCAUCUUGGAUGAGCUCGAGCGCAAGAAGAAGGCGCGCAACAUGGCCGUGCCCACGGAUGACAAUCGCGUUAAAGCACGCCUGAGGGAGAUAGGAGAACCAAUCACGCUAUUUGGUGAACGUGCCGCAGACCGAAGAGACCGUCUCAUUUAUGUUCUCUCCCAAAUAAACGCGGCAAGAGGGGAAGAUGCUGCCAUGGAUGAGGAUUCCUCUUCAGAAAGUGAAGAUGAGGUAUCCCCCGCUCAACCCUCGUCCAUCGCACAGCAAGAAGAGUUCUACUCCCUCGGCUCGCUCGAGCUCCUGGAGGCGCGCAGGCGCCUCGCAGAGUACUCGCUCCCCAGAGCUCAAAACCGCGUAGCACAACAGCGGAUAGACGCCAAGAUGAACCUGGGGAAGAUCAUCGACAUCAGGAAGAAGGUCUUUGCUGAAGUCAAGCGCUACGGAAACCUGGGCUCGCAAAUUGGUGACGAACGGCCAAUUUCGCAAGUUCGGUUUUCGCCAGACAAUAAGAUGCUUGCUACUGGAAGCUGGUCAGGCUGUGUCAAGCUAUGGAAUGUGCCGGCUUGCACACCAAUACAAACCCUUCGAGGUCACGGCGACCGCGUUGGAGGUGUUGCGUGGCAUCCGCAAGCUACCCUGUCUCAAAGUGCAGAUGGCGUCAACCUCGUUUCGGGAGCAUCGGACAAUUGCGUCAAUUUCUGGUCACUGAACAGCGAUGCACCCUUGUCCGUUCUAAAAGGUCAUCAAGACCGUGUUUGCAAAGUCGCUUUCCAUCCGUCUGGAAAUUAUGUCGGCUCGGCCAGUUUCGAUACCACAUGGCGGUUAUGGGAUGUGGCAACCACCAAGGAGCUGCUCCUCCAGGAAGGACAUUCAAAAGAAGUCUACGCUAUCGAGUUCCAAGACGACGGUGCCUUGGCCGCUUCAGGAGGACUCGACGCAAUCGGUCGCGUGUGGGACAUCCGAACAGGCCGAACAGCCAUGGUCCUCGACGGCCACGUCGAGUCCAUAUUCUCCAUCAGCUUCUCGCCCAACGGCUACCAAAUAGCCACCGGCGCCGGCGACGACACCAUCCGCAUCUGGGACAUGCGCUCCCUCAAAGCCCUCUACACCAUCCCCGCGCACCUGUCCAACGUCUCCGACGUCCGCUUCUUCCACGCGGACAAGAGCACGGACACGUCCGAGUUCUACACCGAGGACGAGUGGCGCUUCCGCUCGGGCCUGUACUUUGCAAGCGCGGGCUACGACGGGCUCGUGAAGCUGUGGAGCGCGGACGACUGGCAGCUGCUGCGCACGCUGGCGACAGAUGCGGGCAAGGUGAUGUCGGUGGACCUGACGAGCGACGCGCAGCUGUUGGCUUCUGGGACGUAUAACAGGAACUUCCAGCUUUUCGCCCCGGAGGAUCUGCCGAUAUAG